AUGGAGGUCCCCUACUACCUGCCCAUGCCCGCCGACCAGCGCGACGAGAAUGGCGUGUACGCGCUCGGCCGGUCCGUCGCCGAUGGCCGGUUCUACGCCAUGCUCGACUUUGCCAACCGCCCCACCAGCAUGCGCCGCCUCAAGACGGACGUGACCAUCUCGCCCACCAAGGCCGGCUACGACAUUGCGUUUGAGGUGACGGGCGAGCAGGACGUCGAGCUGACGUUUGAGCUGACAUUCCGCGGCAACGGUACCUUCAAGGGCGUCAAGGAGCUGACCAACGUCGACGGCGUCAAGACGACGCACCUCGUCGAGGGAACGGGCGAGUACAGCGUCGGCAACGACAAGAUCACCUUUGGUCCGGGCAUCGGCGAGGGUCUGAUUGUGGCCGACGGCGGCGAGCAGUACAGCUGGCACGCGGGCGCCCUCGUGCUCAAGGGGCAAAAGGUGUACAUUACCGGCACGUCGCCGCUGAAGUACACCCUCAACCUGGGUUUCUCUUAG